AUGCGCAUCUUCAUCCUUCUCCUCUUCUGCCUCGGAGAGAAUGCAGGUUCUCCACACUUUGUGCAACAGCCCGAGGACCUGGUGGUACUGCUGGGGGCCGAGGCUCGUCUCCCCUGUGCCCUGGGAGAGUAUCGGGGGCUGGUUCAGUGGACUAAGGAUGGGCUGGCUCUAGGGGGCGAAAGGGACCUGCCAGGGUGGCCUCGGUACUGGAUAUCAGGGAGUGGAGCCAGUGGUCAGCAUGACCUCCACAUUAGGCCAGUGGAGCUAGAGGACCAAGCAUCGUACGAAUGCCAGGCUUCGCAAGCGGGCCUCCGCUCCAGACCAGCCCAGCUGCACGUUCUGGUGCCUCCAGAACCACCCCAGGUACUGGGUGGUCCCUCUGUGUCUCUGGUUGUUGGAAUUCCUGCAAACCUCACCUGUCGGAGCCGUGGGAAUGCCCAUCCCUUUCCUGAGCUGCUCUGGUUCCGAGAUGGGGUUCGGCUGGAUGGGGCCACCUUCCGUCAGACGCAGCUGAAGGAAGAAACCACUGGGUUAGUUGAGAGCAUCUUAUACUUGACCCCUUCCAGCCAGGAUGAUGGCACCACCUUGGUCUGCCGUGCGAGGAAUCAGGCCCUGCCCUCAGGGAAAGACACUGCCGUCACCCUGAGCCUGCAGUACCCCCCAGUGGUGACUUUGUCUGCAGAACCACAGACGGUGCAGGAGGGACAGAAGGUCAUCUUCCGGUGCCAGGCCACGGCCCAGCCUCCGGUCACUGGCUACAGGUGGGCAAAAGGAAGCUCCCCGGUGCUCGGGGCUCGAGGGUCAAUUUUAGAGGUGGUGGCGGAUGCCUCAUUCCUGACCCAGCCGGUGUCCUGCGAGGUCAGCAACGCCGUGGGUAGCGCGAACCGCAGCACCGCGCUGAACGUGCAGUUUGGGCCAGUUCUGCAGGCCAAGCCCGAACCUGUGUCCGUAGAUGUGGGGGAAGACGCCUCCUUCAGCUGUGCCUGGAGGGGGAAUCCGCUCCCCAGGGUAACCUGGACCCGCCGUGGGGCUGUGCAGGUGCUGGCCUCUGGACCCACGCUGCUUAUCCCGUCGGUGAAGACCGAGGAUGCAGGCGUUUACGUAUGCAGGGCUGAACCUGGGCUCUCGGGCCAUGGGGGAGGCACCGCGGAGAUCAGGCUGACGGUGAACGCUCCUCCCAUUGUGACUGCUCUGAGCUCCGCACCCGCCUUCUUGAUGGGUCCUGCACGCCUCCAGUGUCUAGUCUUCGCCUCCCCCCUCCCUGAAGCCGUGGUCUGGUCUUGGGAUGAUGGCUUCCUCGAAACAGGGUCACAGGGCCGGUUCCUGGUGGAGACAUUCCCGGCCCCAGCAGCCCUGGGGAGACAGGGCCCAGGCCUGAUCUCCGUGCUCCACAUUUCUGGAACUCGGGAAUCUGACUUUAAACUGGGCUUCAACUGCAGUGCCCGGAACAGACUAGGAGAGGGAGGAGCCUGGGUGAGCCUGGAUCAGAGAGCUGUGGUGCCCUCUGUGCAGAUCGUGGCUGUAGGGGUGGCUGCAGCCAUCACCCUUCUUAUAAUCAUCACAGGCUUGUCCCUCUGCUUCUGUCGCAAUGCCUCUUUCUCUAAGCAAAAGAACCUGGUGCGAAUCCCAGGCAGCAGCGACAUCUCCAGUUCAAGGGGCCACGAGGAGGAAGAAAUAGGAAACAGUGAAGAAAAGGGAACCCCCGUGCACACAGACCACACUGACCUGGUCAUGGACAAGAAGGGAACUCUGGAGACCAAGGACCCAACCAACGGUUACUACAAGGUGCGAGGAGCCAGUGUGAGUCCGAGCAUUGGUGAAGAUGCUGGAGGAGAAGGAAAUUUCCUGCCUCCACCCACGCCCUCGGGACCUCCAGGAACUCCAACCUACCCUGACUCCAACACACAACUGGGCCUGGUACCCCAGUGCAGGCCCUACAGAGACCCAGCAGGCUCUCUCACUCUACCCCGGCCUCGAGAUUUUACCAACUACAUCAAACCCACAACAUCUUUUGGGCUCCCAGAUCUGACCCCUGGACCUCCCUGUUGCCCAUAUACUGCUUUUCCCACACCCAGUCACUCUCGUCUCCAGACUCAUGUGUGACAUUCUUCCAGCUGAAG